AUGGUGAGCUGCUUCAAUCGGCUCAACCGUCAACUGGGUCUGGGUCCAGAGUUCAAGCAAAUUAUGCCAUUUGUAAUACUAAUGAGUGGAACAACUUUCCUCACUCAUAUGAUAGGAAACAUGCUUCUUACAAUUAAUCGGUACUCUGCACUUUGCCUUCUGAAGAAAUAUGACAAGAUAUGGACUCGAAGAAAUGUAUGGAUUAUGAUAGUUGCACAGUAUAUAGUGGCGUUUGCUGCAUUCUCUCAUAUGAUCGGAGCGGAAAUAUUGUAUAAAAAGGGAGACGAUGGAGCAUAUGCAUUUGCAGGAAUUGAUGCCAGUAGUAGUUUGGUAUGA